AUGGGGGUAAAGUCAGCAACAGAAAUUAUCACACAUUCCAUGACAGAGGAAGACCCCAAUAAAAAUAUACAAUAUUCAGAGGGGGAAUUAGCGAAAAAGCCCAGAUGGGGUCCAGAACAUGCAGGUGCAAAGGAACUGGCCAGCAAAUAUACUGCCGGUAAAAGGUUUCAAGAAACUGUAUGUCUUUUCGUAAGCCUUAUCCUUCUGUUCAUCAAUUUCAUCUACCUGGUCAUAUAUUUUGACCCUAGUCAGUGGCAUAUGAUCCUUCUGUGUGCAUUACUUGGAAUUGUCACGGCUGACUUCUGCAGUGGUCUUGUUCAUUGGGGUGCUGAUACAUGGGGCACUGUUGAGAUUCCUAUAGUUGGCAGUGGCUUUAUUCGUCCAUUUCGAGAACACCAUAUAGACCCCACAGCUAUAACUCGCCAUGAUUUCAUUGAGACAAAUGGAGACAACUUUGCUGUUGUUAUCCCAUUUACUGGGUACACGGCUUAUCAGUUCUUUUGCAUGACACCUCAAGAUAUUGCAGAAACAUACAACUGGAAAAUGUACAUAUUUCUACUUUCAGUCUUUGUUAGCCUUACCAACCAGUGCCAUAAAUGGUCUCAUACAUAUUUUGGUUUACCAUGGUACAUCACUCUACUGCAGGACAUGCAUGUUAUUCUUCCAAAAAGACACCAUCGGUUUCACCAUGUGGCUCCACAUGAAACAUAUUACUGCAUCACUACAGGCUGGCUCAAUUACCCAUUGGAAAUGAUAGGUUUCUGGCCUUGUGUGGAAAGACUCAUUGAACAUUUAACAGGUAGCAAGCCUCGUUCUGAUGAUAUGGCAUGGGCCAGCAAAACACAUUAA